GUUAUAUAAGUCCUUCGUGUGACAAGUUGGAAGGUCUUUCUUGUCACUUACAUCUGUCACUUCCCCGCAGACAGAUCUUUCUUGCCGACUAUGGCAGACGAGCGCACCCGAGUCCUCUUCCUGGCAAACAGUGAACAUGGUCAAACCAACAUCAUACUCGCCAUUACUCAUGAGCUUCUUGUUCAAGGCAAUGUUGACGUUCAUAUUGGUUCAUUCCCUGUCCUUGAGCGUCGGGUUGAAAAACUCAUAACCGACAACGCCGCUGCAUACGACAAGGACUACCGGUCUCGCGUCCAUUUCCACCCGGUGAGAGGCCCCUCGAAUACUGAGGUCUUCAUUCGGACGGGCAAGAGGGGUGCGUUUCAUCCUCCCGGGUACCAUGGGGCGGUUCUAGGGUUCCAGUCUCUGUGUGAAGACAUUUGGGGCUGGACCGAGGAGGAGUAUGUCGACAUUUACGAGAGCUGCGUCGAAAUCAUCAACGAGGUGAAGCCAGCUGCAAUGGCAGUCGACUUCUUCUUCCUUCAGGGUCGAGAUGCUGCGUACAACACUGGCCACACGGCCAUUCUAAUCAACACAACAUCAAUCAGCCACAUCGUCCUGGGCAUGCAACCCAAUUCCGCAGCCCUAUGGAAGUAUCCUUUACCCGGCACUGGGUUCGCCUAUCCCAUCCCGUGGCAUACGGUUCCCCUGAAUGCCCUUGCCGUGCUGAAAACGGCCAAAAUGUACCACGGCAGUGGCCGACGCCGUGAGAUCAGAGAAUGGCGAAUCAAGCACAAGAUCCAUGGCAGAUUCCCUUUCGCAGAUGCCUGGCGGCCGGAUCGAUUUCACAUUUCACCGGGCUUGUUGGAGCUCGAUUGGCCAUUCAGCGUGAUGCCUGACAAUAUCCUCCCGUGUGGACCUAUUCUGCUGCCAACUGCAUCGGUGCAAAAGCAGGACCCGGAGAUGGCGCGCUGGCUCGCGAAAGCUCCGACCAUUCUGGUCAACCUAGGCACCUUGUAUGCGCCUGAUCCCAAGGUUGCCGAGGAGAUUGCGACGGGUCUGAAAAUGUUUCUCAAUGGCUGGAAGGGCGAAAAAGUCCAGAUCCUGUGGAAAUUGCCCAAGCAUCCCCACGAUGUCGACGAUAUUUACGGUCGGUCGCUCGAGUCAUUGAAAGAGGAAAUGGAGGAGGAUUCCGUCCGCGUCCGCGCUUGGUUUGAGGUGGAGCCGAUGGCGAUGCUGGAAACUGGUCGGGUGGUCUGCUCGGUCCAUCACGGAGGCGCCAACUCGUGGUACGAGGCAAUUCAAAAUGGAGUCCCUCAUGUGGUGCUACCUGCCUGGCAAGACUGCUACGAGAACGCAGCUCGAGCCGAGUGGCUUGGGAUCGGAGUCUAUGGUAACAAGAGUCGUGCACCAGACAUCAGCGCGAAGGAAUUGAGUCGGGCCCUCUUGAAGGUCAUGAACAACAAAUCGUACAGAGAAAAGGCGGCCGAGAUUUCGAAGCUCUGCCAUCGGAAAGAGGGGCGAGUUGCAGCGGCAGAGAAGAUCGUGGAGAUUGCGCAGUCUCGUGACCAUGGCAAGCUCGCCAUGCGCUUGCCGGAGAUGGACACCAACCGUCCUUUGUACGAAGUCAAGAAUCGCCAGGGCAUGGUACUUCAGACUGCGCAGCGGCCUAGAACGACCGGCAAGGGAGCUUCAAAACCUCUUCUUACCAACAUCUACGAGACCCUCCUCAUGACUCUGCUGAGCAACACGUGGCUUUUCUUCCCACUACUAGGCUACUCUCUGCUUCUGGUGCCUCGGAUUCGUCUUUUUGCCCUGGUCUAUAUCAUCUACAUCAAGUUCAUCUCUAAAGCCCACAACACCGGUACCCUAACACUGCGCAACGACCGAUUCCGUCACUCCUCCAUCUGGAAAACAACCUACGCCAACUACUUCCCGCUUACACUGUACCGCACCGUGCCUCUGAAGCCACAAAGAUGCUAUAUCUUUGGCUACCAUCCUCACGGGAUCGCGCUGCGUGGCGCCAUGGGGGCCUUUGCCGCCGAGGCAGCGGAAUUCUCCCAGCUUUUCCCGGGGAUCACCAACACCCUCCUCAUGAAAGAUAGCUUCUACCGCACCCCUCUGCUGCGCGAAUACCUCCUGUCUCUCGGUACCAGUGGGGUGUCGCGCUCAUCAUGUAUCCGUCACCUAACGCGUGGCGGCCACGACGACCGUGGGAUGGGCCGCGCCAUCACUAUCACCGUGGGCGGAAGUCGGGAGUAUAACAUCGCAGCGCCGGGGACCAUGGGUGUAGUUGUGAAAAUCCGCAAGGGAUUUGUGCGGGUCGCGGUGCAGACAGGGGCGGAUCUGGUGCCCGUCAUUGCGUUCGGCGAGAACGAGCUCUUUGAUCGGGUGAAUAUGAAUAGUGCAUCUGCGCUGGGUCUAGUGGCGCGAGCGUGGGAAUUCACGGUAGGGCAUCGCGUGGCAUUCUCGACCGGCCGGUUCGGCAUCUUCUGUCCGCACCGGAGGCCUUUGAAUGUCGUGGUCGGCGAGCCGAUCCCAGUGAAGCAGCAACGGUGGGAGCCGGAAGAGGCGUAUAUCGACGAGGUUCACGCGCAGUAUGUGCAAGCACUGGGGAAGCUGUAUGAUGACUGGAAGGAGGUGUUUGCACCGAACAAGGAGGUCAAGUUUGAGGUCGUGGAGUAAUGGGUGGGAGCUUCGGACUAUUGGAGUUGUUCAUGGGUUUGUCUUUAUACCAUUAGUAGACUUUUUGAGAUGAGCAUCCAACAAGCGCGG